UCGAAUAUUGUGCACAGUAGUAUUAUAAAAGCUCUCACAGUGACAAGAGGUCGUCAGAAUUUUGUGAGACAUCGAAGACGAUUAUUAGAAAUAAAAAAGUGAUUUUAGCUGGAAAAAAAGAAGAAAACGUCCAUUUUACUGUGCAUUUGUUUAUAUUUAUAAAUAUAUUUUUUGUAAACAGGAAGUGAUUUACUGAAGUAAAAUAAUAUACAAAAAUGGCAAAGGCGCCAGCAAUAGGAAUCGAUCUGGGAACGACCUACUCUUGUGUAGGUGUUUUUCAACAUGGAAAAGUUGAGAUCAUCGCGAAUGAUCAGGGCAAUAGGACGACUCCAAGUUAUGUCGCUUUUACCGACACCGAACGACUCAUCGGUGAUGCAGCCAAAAAUCAAGUUGCUAUGAAUCCUAGCAACACUAUUUUUGACGCAAAGCGAUUGAUCGGUCGACGAUUCGAUGAUCCGGCAGUGCAAAGCGACAUGAAACAUUGGCCAUUCAAUGUGAUGAAUGACAAUACCCGUCCAAAAAUACAAGUCACCUAUAGAGAUGAACUAAAGACAUUCUUCCCCGAGGAGGUAUCAUCAAUGGUACUCGUCAAAAUGAAGGAGACAGCCGAAGCAUUUUUGGGUAAAAAAAUCACCGACGCCGUUAUCACUGUGCCGGCAUAUUUCAACGAUUCCCAACGUCAAGCAACAAAGGACGCCGGUUGCAUUGCCGGCCUCAAUGUCCUGCGAAUCAUCAAUGAACCAACAGCAGCCGCCAUUGCCUAUGGUCUCGAUAAAAAGACAGCUGGCGAAAAGAAUGUCCUCAUCUUCGAUCUCGGCGGUGGGACAUUCGACGUUUCAAUUUUAACAAUUGAAGACGGAAUUUUCGAGGUGAAAUCAACAGCUGGCGAUACACAUCUCGGUGGUGAGGACUUCGAUAAUCGUAUGGUGACGCAUUUUGCCCUCGAAUUCCAGAGGAAGUACAAAAAGGAUUUACAGACGAACAAACGUGCUCUGAGAAGAUUGCGAACAGCUUGCGAGCGGGCAAAACGAACCCUCAGUUCCUCAACCCAAGCGAGCAUUGAAAUUGAUUCCCUAUUCGAUGGAAUCGAUUUUUACACUUCAAUCACCAGGGCAAGAUUCGAGGAAUUGUGCGCCGAUCUCUUUAGAAGUACCCUCGAACCAGUGGAGAAGGCUCUGAGGGACGCGAAAAUGGACAAAGCCACUGUGGACAGUAUCGUCCUUGUCGGCGGUUCGACCAGAAUUCCAAAAAUUCAAAAACUCCUCCAGGACUUCUUCAAUGGCAAAGAGCUGAACAAGUCAAUAAAUCCCGACGAAGCCGUCGCCUAUGGGGCCGCAGUCCAAGCCGCAAUUCUCCACGGCGAUAAAUCCGAGGAGGUUCAGGAUCUCCUCCUCCUAGACGUGACACCACUCUCCCUAGGUAUCGAAACCGCCGGCGGUGUGAUGACCACUCUGAUAAAGCGCAACACCACAAUUCCAACGAAACAAACCCAAACCUUCACCACCUACUCCGACAAUCAACCCGGAGUUCUAAUCCAAGUCUACGAAGGCGAACGCGCCAUGACAAAGGACAACAACAUUCUGGGUAAAUUCGAACUAAUCGGAAUUCCCCCAGCGCCACGUGGUGUGCCCCAAAUCGAAGUGACAUUCGACAUCGACGCCAAUGGAAUUCUCAAUGUUUCGGCAGUGGAGAAAUCGACGGGCAAGGAGAACAAGAUUACGAUCACAAACGACAAGGGACGAUUGUCAAAGGACGAUAUCGAACGAAUGGUGAAUGAGGCUGAACAGUACAAGCAGGAGGAUCAAACGCAAAUGGAACGAAUAGCCGCGAAAAAUUCCCUCGAGUCGUAUUGCUUCAAUAUGAAGGCAACUGUCGAGGACGAGAAGAUUAAGGACAAAAUUGAUGCGGCCGAUAAGGAGAAAGUGAUGACCAAGUGUAACGAGGUGAUUGCAUGGUUGGACGCUAAUCAGCUGGCUGAUAAGGAGGAAUUCGGUCAUCAGCAGAAGGAACUCGAGGGGAUUUGCAAUCCAAUUGUCACUAAACUCUAUCAGGGUGCUGGUGGUGUUCCCGGCGCUGGCGUUCCUCCAGGAGCUGGUGCCACUGGUCCCGCUGGUGGACCAACCAUCGAAGAAGUUGAUUAAAAUCCCUUUUCUUUUCACCAUCAUCAACAAACUUCGAAAAAUCCCUAAAUCCUUAAUACCCACUUUAAAAGCAUAAUUCGAACCAUGUCCUCUAUUUUUAAAAACGAAAUUAAAAACACCUAUUCUCAAAAAUAUAAUUCGAAACUUGUUUGAACCGCAAACAAAUCUAGAAUUUCCGAAAGGCCCAAGUCUUACGAUUUGACUCCAAAUUCAAAAUUCAGAAUUGAAAAUUAAUUUUUCUUUGUAAAGACUGAUAAGAAUGUAUUUACUCCAAAUGAUUUAGUUUCAAAAUAAAAUUUUUAAUUACCGAGAGAAUGAAAAUUGUAUUUACUUUAUAAUCACUUUAAUUGUAUUUAACAUUUGAUAUCAGGAAACUUUUAAUUUUUAUCGACGUUCAAGCAAUGAGAUUAAAAACAAACAGUAAACAUUUAUUUUCCUAUGGAAAAAAUAUUUACUGUUUGCUAUUAAUUUACGAAAAUAAGAAAAUUGCAAAGAACAAAAGGAACUGUACAAAAAUGUUCUCGACAAGUGCGAACGAAAGACAGAGGGAGAAGCGGUUCCCCACUCCGCGCGGUACAACCGGGUCGGAGUGGGGACAAUGCGAGUGAGAGAGACACUCCGGUUGUUCUCUCUCACUCCCAUUGUCCCCACUCUUACCUUCAGCUUCCUAGUUUCUUGAAUUCUAACUAAAAGAACAAAAAGAAAAAUUAUGUAACCACUUUUUACCUUCUCCUUAAAAUUGAGAAGCUUAACUAAUUCAAAAUUGAAAUAAAUAGUCAUUCAUUAAAAUUAAAAUAUAAACUUAAAGUCUAAACUCUAAAUUCAGUAAAUCGAAUUUAGUAAUUAGUGUUCAAAUUAAUCGAUUUUACAUACGAUAAAAACAAAUAUUACCAAAAGUUGAAUAGUUUGUAGAAAACUGUUUCGAGGGCAGUUAGAAACAAAAGUUCAAAAGCAAAAACAAAACUAUGUUAUAAAUACAGUAAUAUUGCAACAAGUGUGUGCGACGUAAAUAUCGUAAAAUUUCACAAAAAUUUUCACAUUUUCUCGUUAUUGCAAUAAGCUUACUGUGGAAACUUGACAAAAAUGCUAUGAAACAAAAUGGUAAACUUAUUAUACAACGUUACUGUAAAUUACUUUGCAAGUAUUACUGAAAUCUAAAUUCCAACAAUGCUGAAAAUUAAAUUGCAAUAUUAUAGAAACUUAAUUUGCCAAGUGACAGCAAGUUUCCAUGUCAAAUUCGCAACCUGAGCACAUUAAAAUCGUAAAACUUUCAUGUCAGCAACCUUGCUGCAAAAUUAAAUCUCCCAUUUGGAAAUAUUCAUUACAAAACUGUUAAGUAAAAUUUUAACACAGUUUUUACAAGAUUAUAUUGUUAGAAUUAGAAGUAAACUAAAUUUCUAAUUAAUACCAAUUAAUACACCAAAUGAAUAUAAUAUACAUGAACAUCAAAGAAAAAAGUAACUUUACAAAAAUUAUUCAGCAUUAAAUAAAUUUUACUGCAAAUGAAAUUUUUUAAACUAUAUUUAUAGAAUUUAGUCGAGAGAGAAAUAAAAAUAUUGUUUAUGAAAUUAUUGAAUAUAUAUCUAUAUUAUAAUAAAAAGUUGAGAGUUAUAUUAUUGAUGAUAAUUAAUAACAUAGUAAGAAAUUAAAUUAAAUAAAUAAAUUAUAUGAACGAGUAAAUUCUUAACAGUACCUGGGUGAUAUUCAUGAAAAUCGAUGACAAAAAAAAAUUGUUUAUUUUCUUAUAGUUUCUAGCCUAAAUUUUAUAAAAUUAAAUAAAUUAAUUAUACAUAAAAAUUACAAUUUCAAUACCUAAAUAAAUUACAAAUUUUACGUAAAUUCAAAUGUUGAGAAUUUUAAUUUCUUUUUUUGAAAUAACAAAAAUCAAAAAUAGGGAUAAAUUGGUUUUAAUACAAGAGAAAAUCGAAGUUUGCUUAUAAUUAUUUAUAUGUAAAAGAAAUAUUAUUAUUUAAAAACUAUACUGUAAUUAUAUGAUAAUUAUUCUCGUUAUAUUAUAGAUAAAAAAAUUAAUUGUUAUAUCAUACACAUCGAUGUUUUUCAAGCCGUAUAUUCAAGUACAUUGAGUUUCUUAUACAAUGUCAAAAAAGCACAAAAUAAAAGGCUUUUAUUAAUUAUUGAAUAUUUUCACACACGACUGAUUUAUUUCCAUUUUUAUUUAGCAUUUUUUUUUUCAUUUCUAUUAUGUACUUAUAGAUUUCAAUGAAAAGUUAAUAAACGUAUAAUUAUAAAUUA